CAGAUUACAAGCAUCCAUGUCAGACUGUUGAGAGGGAGCAUACGUGCACAGACCCCCUGACUGGCCAGACCCUCCCUGGUUUGCCAGCUUCCCUUCUUUGGUGUGUACCAGGCUCACCUGCAGUUUGACAUGUUGCCCACUCCUGUGAAGAAUUACGAGUGCUGUUGAGAGCUAUCGCGCUCUAACGAGAGCCGCGGCAACACCUUUUCACCCGGAGUGAGAGCCAGAGGAGCAGGGCAGACAGAAGAGAACGCGUGGAAUGCAAGGGCUGCAGAGGCGCGCGCUGCAGGCUGAUUGGCUCAGGUGGACUAAGAGCUGGCAGCGCUCCGGCAUGUAGAGCCAGCGGCACGGCGCAACGCAGCUUUUUUUUCCCCCGUACUGCCUCGGAAGCGCGUCCUGCCUAGCUUACCAGAAACGCCACCUUUCCGUUUUUAAUUGUUCGACGGUGCCGAGGGGGAGUAUUCCUUGUCUGCUGUAUGCCAUUCACGGCAUGGACCUCGUUUUGUGCUACGCAAAUCGCGUGACUGACUGACUGGCUGGCUGGCUGACUUUCUCUUGAUGCGGAGCACAGCUGCAGUAUAAUUUGUCGGAUGUGAGCCUGGUGAUUUAUCGAUACAGGACAACAGAACCAAGUGCAAUGGUAGCAGAUUUAUUUUUAUAAACUUUGGCAUCUCCAAGAGGAAGAGGUGUGUACCUAGCCGCGCUGCCAUUCUUUCGAGCCUGCCGCUGAUUGUUAACCUGAUCUAUGUCUAAUUGUGAAGACUGAACAAGACUGAAGGUUUUUGUCAUGAUGGGGAGGAAGCUGGAUCUUUCUGGCUUGACUGGAGAUGAAGCUGAUCAUGUGCUCCAAGUUGUACAGAGAGAUAUAAACCUACGUAAAAAAGAAAAGGAGCGUCUGAGUGAGAUGAAACAGGCACUCGAAGAAGAAGGCAGCAAAUGCUCAAUCCUCUCCAAACAGACCAAGUUUAAUGAGCGAUGCUGCAUUCGCUGCUGCUCCCCAUUCACAUUUUUAAUUAACACCAAACGACAGUGCUUGGACUGCAAAUUCAAUGUCUGCAAGGGCUGCAGCAGCUACAGCAAGAAGGAAAAGGCAUGGAUCUGCACAGUGUGCCAAAAAAGCAGACUCCUGAGAACGCAGUCUUUGGAAUGGUAUUAUAAUAAUGUGAAAAGUCGAUUCAAAAGGUUUGGAAGUGCAAAAGUGUUGAAGACAUUAUACAAAAAGUAUCUGUCUGAAAGAGGAAUUUUGUCAGAUGUUACAGAAAACAGUGUAUAUGAAGGCAGUAUUGAUGGAAGUAUUUGUGGGAGUGACUCUACAUUCUAUAAGCAAUCUGAAGGUCAUAGCAUGGCAGAAACUCUUACAGUAGCACUUCGCGUAGCAGAAGAAGCUGUUGAAGAAGCCAUCUCUAAAGCGGAAGCUUAUAGUGAUAGUUUGGAGAAGCAAAACGAAGCCUAUUACUUAAGAGAAAACAAAGAAGAACUAAUUGAAGAGCUUGCCACAACAAUUGUGCAAAAAAUAAUAAAGAGAAGAAAGUUCCCAGAGAUGCAGUCUGAAUAUGAUCUAGCAAUUCCACAGUCAGAAAGCAGCAAGAUGACUUCACCUUGUGUCUCAGAGCACAGCACUCUAACUUCUCAGGCCAGUUGCAAGGGAUCAUAUACUUUAUGGAGAUCUCAGUCUGCUUUCUCACUUGCAAGUGAUGAACGUUUAGAGAGGCAAUUGGACUCAAACUGGAGAUCUGCAGCUGUUGAAACUCAAUGGCGAAGACAAGAAGGCUUUCCUAACUUGAAGAAGGAAUCUAGACCCUCUUCCAUGCCUAGCUGGAGAAGCAUGGAUAUGUUAGAUAAUUCUAGUUCAUCUUCUGUAUUACAAAGUCCAGAUGGUAACUGGAUUGCUUUACAAAGUACAAUACUUUCUCGCCCAAGUUUACUCGCCAAGCCAAAAAGCCAGCUCUAUGCAGCUCUUGAAAAGGAGACAGACAUUAUCUCUGCAUAUGAUGAAAUGGGUACUGACACAGAUGAUGAAUAUGAUGGAAACUAUUCCCUAACUGAGCAAAAAAGAUCACCACGGAGGCUGUCUGAAGAAAGCUGCUACACUGAUUCCCAGCAUGACCCAGAAUGGACAUAUACAAAGCAUUGGCCAGUUACCUCACCAUCUUCAGGGCGGUUUACCAAUACAGAGACUGUAGGUUCAGAUUCUGAAACCUCAUCUUUGCAUUCUCUGAGGAAUCACUCACCAUAUUCUCAUAAAGAUCCAGUCCUGAAAAGGAAGAGCCCAUGUCUUGCUGAAUCUAUGGACAUUAAUUUCAAUCCACAAGUGAGGAAUUUAGGAACUGCUGACAGCAGUGAAACUGAAGAGAUUCAAAGUGAUUCUGUGCGCAAAGCACGUUGUAGAAGAAGUGUAUGUAUUUAUAUAUAUUUUAUUUUCCAACAGAAAUAUUCUGCUGCAUCCCUCUGCAGUAUUACAGCAGAAGUGCUUAAGGUAAUUAAUGCUACAGAAGAUCUCAUUGAAGAAGCUGAUGGUAACAGUGAAUUCUCCACAGAGCUACAAAAAAGUCAACUAAUUCCUGAAGGAACAGACACAGGAAAACUUGAUGAACAUCUUACCAAGCUAGAGGAAAAUGUUUAUUUAACUGCUAGCACUGUGUAUGGUCUUGAAGGACAUUUGGGAGAACUAGAAGAAUGUGCCCGAAGCAUCAAUACAAUUACCACUGAAAAUGAGCUUGCACAUCUUGAAGAUCAAGUAGCAACUGCUGCAGCUAAAGUUCAUCAAGCGGAGAUACAGCUUUCUGAUAUUGAGCAAAGGAUCUCUGCCCUAAAAAUUGCUGGCUUAAAUGUAACCCCAUGCAUGAGAUUCACAAAGUUAAAAGAACAAAGGCUUUCUCGUCAGACCAUUGACACUUCACGAAACCAGAGAAGGAAACUUCCAGCCAUUCCAGUGCAAGAGAGCAAGAUCUGUCAUGAUGGAGUCUCCACAGUAACCUUCAACAGAAACCCAAUAUUUCACUCUUCAUUAGAGAGAAGAAGCUGCAGUGAAGACAAAAGCAUACCCAAAGACAAAAGCACACCGAAGUUUGAUGUGAGCACCAGUUUAAUGUAUUGAGGCAUGCAAAGUGGUAUAAACAGCACACUGCCUAUGGCGGAAUACAACAGUGCCUUUCAUUAGCAGUCACUCGGCUUUGAGAAGAGCUGGAUGAACAACAGUCCCAGAGUGAUCAUGUUAAUGAGUUCUAUUUUGAUACCUCCACUGGGUUUCGUCUUCGGCUAGAUACAGUAUAUUUCACUUGGGAGAUGAAAAUUUUUGCCUUAAUACUAAUAACACAAAAGAAAACAGGUAGUUGUAUACAUUGUUCAAAAAGGGUUUUCUUUGUUUCAUGUAUUAUGCAAGGUUGUCAAUAAUUUUAACAAGAUGAUUAGAAAUGUUACAGCAGAAUUAGAUGAUAUUGUAUGUGUCUAAAUAGUAACUGUUAAAUUGCUAUAAAGUGCAACUUGGCCAUACAAUGCCAUAAGAGAACUAAACAUAUUAUAAACAAUCCUAAUUGUUUUUGUUUUUUGUCAAGUAAUUCUUAUUUUUUUUAAUUGAUAAAAUAUUUUGUACUUUUUUUUUU